UAAGUUUAAACAAUGCCUAAAAACAAGGUUUGUAGUGUUCUAAUCUAUGGUAGGUAGUCAUAGUGUGACCCAAAAUAAAAUAAGUGACAUUGCUCUGUGUUCGACAUUCUAUGCAGUUUUGAAAUUCGAUGUUCAUUGUGCAAUUUGACAAGUCAGUGCCAAGGCGAUUGAUUUUUUCAAAGAUGUCAUUUGCAAACAAGAUUACUAUGUUAUGGGCCCGUCCGGGAGCCGACAAUGACCAAAAAGAUGAUGUACCUUGGACAUUACGCUACGCUGGUCGAGGGUUGGGGACGAUUGGCAGUUUUAUUGCCAUCAUACUGGGAUUACUUAACUGCACUGGUAUUAUAGUUGCCCAAGUUGGUUGCUUGAUAGCAGGUGUGUGGCAAAUGUUUGCAGGAUUUAUAGUCAUUGUAUGUGAAGCACCAUGCUGUUGCUUCUUCAUAGAUUAUGUGCAAGCUCUUUCUGAAAAAAUUGAGGGACGACCCUAUUGGAACAAAGCUGCUCUAUACAUUGGGCUAUCUCUUCCACCAUUCUUCUUGUGCUUUCUGAGUAUGAGCACAUUGUUUGGCAGUGGAAUGAUAUUUGCUACAGGAAUUAUUUAUGGCAUGAUGGCUCUUGGUAAAAAAGCUUCGAUCGAUGAAAUGAGAACGUCAGCGGCGACCUUAGAAGCCGGUAGUUUCCAGCCAAACUCAGCGCCGCGAUCCAACCUUGUCACCAACGAACAACCAUUCAGCUUCACUGGACCACCACCUCUCAAUAACUGACCUCUAUUUACUUAGUGAAUUUAUCCCAUUGCUAUUUGAUGAAUUCUUAUGUUUUUGACUUGAUUUGUAUUAUACUACAUUAAUUGUUGAGGAACUUAAUGUAUAUGAUAGGAGACAUUUGUGUCACCUAAAUAAUAUUUGAUUUUAAAACCAUUUAUGCAUGCAUGUAAUGGUUUGUGUGCUCAAAAACGUUGAGCAAACAAGUAGUUGAUGCAACUAGUUGUGUUUAGAUGUUUCUAAUCCAAGGCUAUAAAGCAUUUAAGCUAUAUCAUAUUAACUGAGAAAUCCUAAUUGUUUGUUUAUGAUAGUAUUAGGAUUUACGAAUAGUCAUUCAAAUAACGAUUAUAAAACUGUUGUGUUAAAAAAUCUUGUACAGAAUCAAUAGACAUUUAUAGUCCAACAUAAACACUUACAGAAUAUUUUUUUAUUAAAACAUUUUCUAGUGACACAUUUCUCUAAUUACAAAUAAGUCUCUUUUUGAUGUUUUGACUAUAGUAGUCUUAUUAUUACUAAUUUUUUUCUUUAUUCAUGUGUACUUGAGUUUUUAUUGAGUUUCUUAUAAAAACUUAUUAUAUUUUCAAAUUGCACAGAUUAAUACAACACAAGAAAAGACAACAUCAAUUGGCUUACUCUUAAAGUAUGUAGUCAGUCCCAAAGUUCUGUCACUAUUCAGUUUUCUUUAAAUGUCCACUCCAUUGUGAAAAAUUGUUUUUUUUGUUUUAAAACAAUAGUCAAACAUUCUAAAAUAGAAUGCAAUAAUUUUUUUAUAAAAUCAUGUUCAGAAUUUAAAAAUAAUGUGCCAGUGACAGAACUUUGGGACCAACUACGUAUAGUAUAGUUGAAAGGUUUAGAUACUUUAUACAAAUUGAGUGUAGGUAAUUAGUAAUUUUUAAAUUGAUGUGACUGAUAUUUAUUUUGUGAUAUGUUGUAAAACCUUUUAAUGUGUGUGACUUGUUACAUACAAAUAUAAAAGUCGUUAUAACUUCACUGUGACUUAUAUUAGUUAUUUAUAUUAGUAAAUGAUAUUUUGUAGUGAAACAUUUGUCUUAGUUUGCUAUUAAUGUUCUAGGCAACCAGAUUUCUUUUAUAGUUAAUUAAUCAUAAUCAGAAAUUUUAAAAUUACAAGUAAAAUAAAAUACAACCACCAUACAAAUGCAUUAUUGUAUCAUGUAGUUGAACUUAUUAAACUACCAGCCACCCAUUGUGUUACAUGCAAAACUUUUGUUUGCAUAACUUGAUAAUAAACAAUUUGCAUUAAACAUGUUCUGCUACUCAAUAGCAAAAUUAAUGAUGGGCACUUUAUAAAUCAUAUCUUGUGCAAAAAAUUAUUAUAUACCUAAUAUUAUAGUAAGUUGCAUCAUGUAAUUAGAUCUAAGUUAUAAGUAAGACUAAAUACAUAAUAGUAUGUGAAAGCAGUUGAGGAAUGUGAACCAUUGUGGGUUUUGAGGUUGUUGUGUUACAUUGCCCUUUUUUAUGAAAAAAAAUUUAAAAAGCUAUUUAAACUUUUGUGAAUAAAAGAAAAGACAUUUAGCAAAUAAGAAUUAUAUUAGUUUGUAUAAACCCAAUGCUGGUUCCCUUUCCGUAGACUAAAAGAUAAAUAAAUUUAGAAAAUUAUUAUUUGAUUGUAUGCAUUCCAAAUUAGGGUCUUGUACUAUUAACUUUAGAUUUAUUUUGCAUUAAUCCUUGUAAUUAAUGUCAAUUUACCAGCUCGAUUUAGAGUUUGUAAGGUAUAGGUAGAUAUACUAUUUGUAUAAGUGUCAUUGAUGAUCUUAAUAUUUCAUGAUCAUUUUCUAUUGACUAUAAAAAGAAUUGUAUAAAUAAAAGGAGUAAUAUUGUAUCCUCUUGUUUGUGUGCUUAAAAUUAGAUUGUAAUAAGUAAGUAAUCUUAAAAUAAUUUCACUUACAAUAUUGUUAAUAGUAUUAAAGCCAGCUGGACCCUAACUGUAGAUAGUAAUAUUUACCAUUACUUGCUCAUAUAUCAAAAAUGAAUUUAUAUAAUUCCAUUCAAUUUAUUACUUUCAAUUUAGAAUUAAUUAUCUUCCUCCAUCAUAUAAGUCCAUAUUUAUUCUUAAUUAAUAAGUGAAUGUAAAUUAUGUAAGUUGUAUAUAUUUUUAUGUUAUCCCAUUUUAAGAAUAGAUAGUAGAAUUGUGACAGCAUUAUUAUUGUCAUGUUAUUCAAAAUGAUAUCCCUAAUGUUAUUGACUUUUUGCUUUUAUAGCUAUUUUAUCACUUGACAUUAUUAAGAAUAGGAUUAAUAUCUGGUUUAUAUCUGAGAAAAAUAGUCUCCAUAAGAAGUUAUAGUGCUUAUGACAUAUCCAUAACAUAAUAAACCUUAGCAUAAUGUAAUGCUUCAAAGAGAUAUUGUAAAUGGUUUGUGUAUUGUAACAUAGACCUUUGUAAAUGCCUAGAGAAAAAGUUUUCAUUAAAUUAUUUUCAUUUAGGUAAAUUAAUUUCAAUUUAUAUAGACAAACAUGAUUUAGUAGCUUUCUAGAAUUCUUACUAAAUUAUGUGACACAUUAUACAUACAUUAUCUAUUUAUAAAAUCUUUAACUUGCACUGUGAAAUAGCAUAUGACUUAAAAAAUAUAAUGGUUUGUUGAAAGUCAAGAAUGAAAAGAAAUCUACAUUGUUUAUAAAUUUUAUAUUCAUAAUUAUUAUAGCAAUCAUUUUUUAUAUAAUAUAGAACAAUUGGAGAGUUACUUGUAGUGGCAAUCAGUAUAUACUAUAAUGUUGAAUGCUAUUUAUAGUUAUAGAUGUGGUUAUAACAUUGUUCUUGUCAUGUUACUGUUAGGACAGCAUUUCUGUAAUAAAUGUGUGUAUUUUAAAAGGUUUAUUUUAU